AAGCUCAAAGCGGACAAUAUCGUGCUACGGUGGUGGAGCGGGCCCGGGAAGUGAUCCGCCCGGGCGGGGAUGUGACAGCAGAAACUAUAUUCUCAAUGCAUUAGAUGAUUCAUUGUACGAUGUCUAUUUAGUAUGCAAAACAGCCAAGGAACUUUGGGAAUCACUUGAGAAAAAAUAUAAAACUGAGGAUGCUGGUUCGAAGAAAUUUGUCGUGGGCAAAUUUUUGGACUACAAAAUGGUGGAUUCCAAGUCUGUUGUCUCUCAAACUAAAGAUCUCCAAAAAAUCAUCCAUGACAUUCAUGUUGAAGGGAUGGUGAUCAAUGAGUCUUUCCACGUGGCGUCCUUUAUAGAAAAACUGCCACCUUCUUGGAAAGAGUUCAAGAAUUAUCUCAAGCACAAAUGUAAAGAGAUGACCCUUGAGGAUCUCAUUGUAAGGCUGAGAAUAGAGGAAGAUAACAGAAAGAAUGAGAAGGGCCUGGUUUCGAGUAUGGAAGCCAAGGCGAAUGUUGUUGAAGGAAGUUCAUCAAAGCAAAGGCUGAAGUUCCAGAAAACUAAGAAGAAGAAAAACACUUUAUCCCUGGUGCGAAAGGCAAAGACUUCAAGAAAAUCAAGGGAAGUUGAUGGGUUUAUGGAAAGCAAGGCCAUAGGGCUCAAGAAUGUCGCCAUCGAAGGGAUCAAGGUCCUGGAAAUCAAGGCAACAACAACUGCGCAAACCUGA